AUGGCUUUUCGCAAUCUUACCCGAAGUUUAUUUCAAUUGACCAAACGUACGAAUAUAAAUCAACGUUUAUAUUCUUCAAUUCAAUACUCACCACAAUAUCGAAAAUUUGAAAUAACUCAACGAUAUUUUUCAAUUAGAAAAUUUUCAUCAAUACAAACUAAUGAUAAUGCUUAUCGUGAUCUCGAUACAUUUCUACAAAAAGAAAUUCAAUUAGAAAAAACUGCACAAAAACAUCCAACUCAAUUACCAAAUAUUCAAGAUUUUCAAGUAGAAACAAAAGGUCCAGAAGUAACAUUAACUCGUCAAGUUGGUGAUGAUAAAAUUACUGUGAAAUUUAAUGUAACCAAUACAGUAAAUACUAGUGAAUCUGAGCAAGACUUAAAUUUGAAUGCAACAGAACAAGAACAACAAUCUAAUAAUGCACCGACACAAUUAAAAUCUCGACCAACAUUUACAGUAGAUAUAAAUCGUGGUAAUCAAAUAUUAUCGUUUCUUUGUUCGUAUUUACCAAAUGAAGAUCCUGAUACACGAAAUCAACAUGGUGGAAUUGAAAACGAACAAAAACCUGAUGGUGAACAAGGACAUUUCUUAGAAGAUUUUCAAAUCGAUGAAUUUGCUAUUCACGAAGGAGAAUGGAAUGAUAAAGUUUAUUCUUCAGAUUGUUCAGUUAUUGAUGGUGAUCUUUAUGAUAAAUUACUUAAUUUACUUGAAGAACAUGGUAUUGGCGAAGAAUUUGCCAAUCAACUUAGUGAUUUUUCAACCGCAUACGAACAUCGUCAAUAUAUUGGUUUACUUGAAAAAUUACAAAAAUUUGUUAAAAAAUAA